GAAGAGCAAAGAAAACAAAUUAAGCCAAAGUCUUUCACUCUAGCUUGUUCAAACAAAGAUAUCAAGAAGAUGGUUCUUACAAAAGCUGAGAUUAUGGCUGAACUAGGUCGUAUCAAAGAAGUACUGGCUAAAAAUAAAGAACAGGAGAAGGAUUGGUAUGAGAAAAAAGGUAUCAACGACAUGUUCUAUAAAAUUAUAGCAAACCUUGGUCCUCCAGAAAGUGAGAAAGAGAUUCGUGAGACUGAGAUUCUCAAGGCUGAGAUUGUCGAGAAGUUAAACGAGGAGAUGCGUCGUAUCAUCGAAGCAAAAAGAGUAAAUGCAGAAGAUUUGAGGAAAAUACGCAACAUUAUUAUGGGGGAAGAUGCAUCAUCCUCUUCUAAAUAAAAGAAUAAUUAAGCAAGCUCUAUCGGGGAUCAUGACAAAGUGAAGAAAAAAUAGUUUCUCAAUAUUUUUCUUUUAUUUUAAACCUUAAAAAGGU